AUGAAGGUUUCGACUUUAUCUGCCAUUUCCAUGGCCUGGUGGAUUGCAAGAUCAAGUGCAUCACCUGCAGCCGUGGAUUUCAACAAACGGGCAGACACCGAUAAGAAAACGCCCGAAAAAUCAGAUGCCAAAGAAGCGCUUCCUGAUACUCUCACUAUCGAUACUUUCGACCAGUUUACUUCGGAGCAUCUUACAUUUGUGGAAUUUUUCUCACCUUACUGCUCGCACUGUAAGGAUCUAGCGCCCAAGUGGGCCGAAGCCUUCCACCUUACAAAAGAAGAUCAGAACUCUCUAGACAUUCACAUGAGGCAGGUGGAUUGCGUGAAGAGUGGAGACCUCUGUGAACGAGAAGGAAUUAAUGCAUACCCGAACUUGAGAGUAUACAAGCCAGUAGAAAAUGCAGAGGGAAAAACUGGUAAGUCAAGUUUUGUGGACAGUUUCCCUAGGGCAUUGACGAGAACUCCAGAAAACUUCCACAAGUUCUUAAUUAACAUGGCUGCCGAAUACAAUACUGGUGGCUUGAACAUGCCAAGUGCAUCUCAGGAACUUGACAUUGACUUUUCCAUGAAAAUGAUUGCUGGAGAAUUAGGGGACCCUUACUUCGUCACCAUGUUCUCGUCUAAAUCGGAGGAGUGGAAGAAUGGCAAGUUUGGCGACAGUUGCAUGGACUGUCGGGAAACAAAAUUGGUGUGGGAUAAAUUGUCCAAUCUCAUAGUCAGCUCGGCCAAAACGGGCCACAUCAACUGUCUUGACCAUCCUACUUUGUGUAAGAAGCUUGGAUAUUCGGACUUGGCAUCCGUGGACUCCUUUACUGCGCCCCGGUUCGCCAUGUUUGUCCCUAAAGCCUCGGGACUUAUCCGUUUCGACUUUGAAGAAGAACCAACACUUGAAAAGUUGAAGCAGUUUGCAACCAAACUCAGCCAUAACUCGAAAUAUGAAGAAAUUUCUGCUAGAGACUUGGAAGACUAUGACUAUUUAGUCACCGAAAUACCUACCAAGCCAACUGAUAAGAAAUUCCCGUUGAGUAACAGAAUUGCAUUAGUGUUUCAUUAUGACAAGAAAAAGGUCUCACCAGAGGAUAAAGCCAUUAUGCCAUAUCUUCUCGAGAUGGCUACGAAGUCCCCUUUUAACAUCAAUUUGUUUGCUUCCAAAAGUCCUAAGUUUGAAGAAAUGAUUGACAACCAGGGCCAUGCUAUUCUUGAGUAUGUGAACUCUGAUCCAUCUUUCGAGAAUAGAAAUUUCAACAAGCAGAUGCAUCUCGCCACAACCUUGACUGCUACACCUACACUUUACAUUUUCAAGGAGAACUCAUUGAUUCCUGCAAUCUACCAGAAUUUUGCAAUUGAAGACAUGAGAAAGCCUGAGAAAAUUCAGGAGUUCAUUAACAUUCACCAAUAUCCUUUGUAUGGGGAGUUAACUCCCGAUUUGAUGAAGGCCUAUUUCACGGAAAAGAAGUCCAAAAAUCCUCGUGGCUCGAAAGUCGUGGUGACGUUUUUAGAUACAUCAGAUGACAAUCUUGUCAAGGAGGCUUUAUUCAAUGUGUCUAUGGUUGCACACCAGUAUAACGUCUUAAAGAAGGAGUAUUAUUUCAAUGAUCUUGUUGAGCAAAGAGAUGCAAAAACCGACAGAGUGAAGGCACUCAAAGCCAAGAACGUUGAUUCUGUUACAAUCAUUCAGGAAAUGCGUACCGAAAUCCCUCAUUUGUUUGAUCACAACGAUGUCCUCUUCACUUUCAUUGACAUUAAGAAAUACCCAAAUUUUGCCAAAGACGCAGGCUGGGACAUCAACAACCAUGGUUACAAGGCUGGUGAUAGCAUUAUUGUGUCCAAGAGCCGCGACUUUUAUUGGGAUUCGUCAUUGUCUGGUGGACGCUUGACAAAUAACCCAAGUGAGUUGCGUCCAGUUUUGGAAUACCUUUUGGAUAAAAAGCUUGCUGGUACUAAGGACGUGUCGAAGUUCAAAACAAGAUUGGCAGACUCACCUUAUCACCCAAGCUUAAGGUUGGUUGACACUAUUCAUCAACAUGGAAUCAUAGGAUACCUAAUCUUCGGUCUCUCAGCAAUCUUGGUGUACUGUGGUGCUCGCGUGUUGGUGAAAAAGAGAAGAGCGAGCCCCUCGGGACUUAGAAGGGGCCUUAUAGGCGAAGAGAAGAGCGAUUAG